AUGGAGGUGAACUCAGUGAAGAGAAUGAGGGUGGUGGGGUUGAGUUAUGGGGGGUUUGUGGCGUAUAGUUUAGCGGCGCAGUUUAAGGAAAUGGUGGAGAGGGUGGUGAUAUGUUGCGCCGGGGUGUGUUUGGAGGAGAAGGAUUUGGAGGAUGGGUUGUUUCCCGGUGAAGAGUUUGGAGGAGACGGCGGAGAUAUUGCUCCCGCAAACGCCGGAGAAGAUGAAGGAAUUGAUGCGGUUUACGUUUGUCAAGCCGCCCGUGAAGACUCCGAAUUGUAUACUUGUAGACUUCAUACAGAUUUCCUCCCUAAACUAGUUCACCACUUCAAUGUCUACGUGCCGGAUUUGGUGUUUUUUGGUGACUCGUUCACGACUCGGUCGGAUCGGUCAGACUCGUUCCAGGCUCAGUGUGUGUACCGAGUCAUGGAGGUGAACUCAGUGAAGAGAAUGAGGGUGGUGGGGUUGAGUUAUGGGGGGUUUGUGGCGUAUAGUUUAGCGGCGCAGUUUAAGGAAAUGGUGGAGAGGGUGGUGAUAUGUUGCGCCGGGGUGUGUUUGGAGGAGAAGGAUUUGGAGGAUGGGUUGUUUCCGGUGAAGAGUUUGGAGGAGGCGGCGGAGAUAUUGCUCCCGCAAACGCCGGAGAAGAUGAAGGAAUUGAUGCGGUUUACGUUUGUCAAGCCGCCCGUGAAGACUCCGAAUUGUAUACUUGUAGACUUCAUACAGGUAAUACUGGUAAUUUGACCAAUGACACGUAAAUUAAGAGAAUCCCAAUGUAACGGAGAACUAACGUCGUUUGUUCCGUU